AAAUAAUAACGCUUCACUUCCAGCUGUACGGUCGCUGGGCGACGUGGACGGCACGUCAAAUUGUUAGCUAACAAGCUAAGCUGGCUAGUGGAUAUUAGUGUGAAUGCGCUGUCCUCGUCCUUUUGAAAUUUUCUAUCUCGACACGAAGAGCUGCAGAAAAAGGAUAUUUCUAACAAGAGCUGUCAUAGCCGCCAUUUUGUGGGGAUUGCAGUGUGAGGUGAUGAGGCUCUGAGGAAGUGUGUGUGUGUGUGUGUGUGUGUGUGUGUGUGUGUGUGUGUGUUUGGGGGAGAUGGGUGCCAACACCAGCCAGGUGGGUGACCUGGCAGAGAGUCAGAGCAUCCGCACUCUGAUUGGUCCCGAGCCCAUUUCGGAGAACGAGCCCUUCUGGAACCAGCUCAUCUCAUUCACUUUCACCAGCCCCUCCUGCAGUGCUGACGCAAAGCUCUUGGAAGAGGCGGUCAUCCCCCUCGCCAAAACUUUAAUCAAGAACAAUCCUAGAUCGGGGAACUUCGGCGCUUUGCUGAGAGUGUUCCUGGGAAGAACCAAAGAGCUGAAGAUCUCCACCGAAUGCCAAGAUCAGCUGUUCAUCUGGCAGGCCCAUAAUGCCCUGUUCCUGGUGCGCUGCUUACUCAAAGUCUUCAUCAGAGAGAUGAGUGAGGAAGAGCUGCACUUACAGCUCACCUACCACACGAGGGAGCCAGGAUCCUGCGACAUGAGCAGUGAGGAUCUAAUAGAGGAACUGAUCUGUAACUUGGUUCAUCUCAUUGUGGAGGUGCCUCUCCUGGACAUCACUUACAACAUCCUGUUCGAGGCAGUGACCACCCUGCUGGUUCUGUUGUCCUAUCAGCUGUUCCACAAGGACAUUCUGAGGGAGGGGCGUAUCUAUCAGUGCCUCACCAGGGGGCGAUGUCUGAAUCUGACGAGUCGCUUGGUGAAGACUCUGCUGUAUAACUUCGUGCGGCAGGAGAAAUGUCCUCCAACUGCAGCCCACAUCUUCCAGCCACAGGCAGGUCUGCUGUACGGCCUGGCCUCGGGGGUGGCCAGUGGGCUAUGGAGCGUGUUUACGUUGGGAGGAGCCGGCAGCAAGCCUGGGGUGGAGCAGGAACACAACCCAUUACCGCUGUCCAAUCAGAGCCUGUUAUUACUGCUCGUCCUGGCCAACCUGACAGACGGCGCCGACUGGCCGAACCCUUACAGACAAGCCAUCACCUGCUUCAAAAACACACAAGAUACGUCCUCUAUCUCAUCUCCGCAGCCUCACACGUUUCAGAUCAACUUCAACAGCCUGUACACGGCGCUGUGUGAGCAGCAGAGGUCGGACCAGGUGACACUUCUGCUCUACACGCUGCUGCACCAGAACCCCAACAUGAAGAACUACAUGCUGUCCAGAACCGACAUGGAGAAUCUGGUGAUACCAAUUCUGGAGAUCCUCUAUCAUGUCGAGGACAGAAACUCCCACCAUGUUUACAUGGCCCUCAUCAUCCUCCUCAUCCUCACCGAGGACGACACGUUCAACCGCUCCAUACACGAAGUGACGCUGAAGAACAUAAGCUGGUACACGGAGCGAGCUUUAACAGAGAUUUCACUCGGCAGUCUGUUAAUCCUCGUAGUGAUUCGCACCAUCCAGUUCAACAUGACCCGCACCCGGGAUAAAUACCUGCACACAAACUGCUUAGCGGCUCUGGCCAACAUGUCUGCCCAAUUCCGCUGCCUCCACCAGUAUGCUGCCCAGCGCAUCAUCAGUCUGUUUGCCCUGCUGUCUCGGAAGCACAAUAAGGUGUUGGAGCGAGCCACACAGUCUCUGCAGAGGCCGCUGGGAGCAGAUGGCACGGCACUGCCGGAUUACGCACAGGACCUCAAUGUGAUCGAGGAGGUGAUCCGCAUGCUGCUGGAGAUCAUAAACUCCUGUCUGUGUAAUUCACUGCAUCACAACCCCAACCUUGUGUACGCUGUGCUCUACAAGAGGGAGCUGUUCGAGCAGUUCCGCUCACACCCUUCCUUCCAGGACAUCAUGCAGAACCUAGACACGGUUAUCGGAUUCUUCAGUCAACGGUUGGAGCAGGCAGGAAGUGACCUUUCGGUUGAAAGAGUACAAGAGGUCAUCAAGAAAGGAGCUGCAGCCCUGCCUAAAGACCGCCUGAAGAAGUUUCCGGAGCUGAAAUUCAAGUACGUCGAGGAAGACCAGCCUGAGGAUUUCUUCAUCCCUUACGUGUGGUCUUUAGUCUUUAACUCCGGAGUGGGUCUGUAUUGGAACUCUCAAGGCGUUGAGCUUUUUAGCAUGGACUCUGCUUGAGAGAGAGACAGAAAGCCUGGUCCACCUUGUGUCGCCAAAACAGCUCUGACCCGUCGAGGCACGGACUCCACAAGACCUCUGAAGGUGUGCUGUGGUAUCUGGCACCAAGACGUCAGCAGCAGAUCCUGUAAGUUGCGAUGUGGGGCCUCCAUGGAUCAGACUUGUUUGUCCAGGACAUCUCACAGACGCUCGAUCGGAUUGAGAUCUGGGGAAUUCGGUGUCCGAGUCAACACCUUGAACUCUUUAUCACGUUCCUCAAACCGUUCCUGAACUAUUUUUGCAGUAUUUCAGGGCAUAUGAUCCUGCUGAAAGAGACCACUACCGUUAGGGAAUACCGUUUCCAUGAAGGUAUGUAUUAACCACUGGAUACCGGUAUCACCACACAAGACCUGCCUCUUUGGAGAUGUUCUGACCCAGUCGUCUAGCCAUCACAAUUUGGCCGCUCAGAUCCUUUUUCCUGCUUCCAACACGUUAACUUAGAGACCUGACUGUUCACGUGCUGAAUGAUAUAUCCCACCCAUUUAUUUCCUUUCACCUUAUAUUAGGGCAGCUAAAAAAGGAUGCAUGUUGGGUUUCACCACUUUAGCUUUUCAUUAUUCCAAUGAGAGAUUAAUGAAUCGUGAUUCUCAGUCGGGAUUCUUCUCCCACUUCACAUUUUUUAUCAUAUCGUCUGUCUGAUUUCUCGUAAUCUCACUCCGACGGAUCGGUGUCGAUUUGUUCCUGACUCUUGGUGGACGUCGAACAAAUAAUGAAAAUAAAUUCAAAUGCAUGGUCUUUUCCUAUUUUUUAUUUAUUUCCUGGUGGUUCACAAACUUCAAAACCAAAUGAUUCAUCAUUCAAUGCAAAAUUUUCCAGAUAAAACUUUCACCGUGUAAGUACAUAUGAAAUAUUAGUGAAUAUUCUCAUUCUUCAUCUUGCAUUAAUCUCUUCGUUAUCUUCUCGUGUUGUGAAACACGACAUGAUCUGUUUUCCUGAGAAAGUCUGGGUUGUGUUGUAUUUCCUAGUAGUCGGUUACAUCAUUUUUCAUGAGAUAUUAUUUCACAACUGUGACUGCGUUUGUUUUUUAUUUUUAACACAUUGCAUUCUAGUGUUGAAUUUUUUUUUUUAGAUGCCAUGCGGUAAUGUCUCUUCCUUUUCUUGGAAAAGUUUGUAUCACAUCUGCUGCUGCUGGUGAUCACCUCUCUCUCCGUCUGACAUGCCAGCACGAUGAACCAUCCAGUUCUCACACACACACACACACACACACACACACACAGACCACUUCUUUAGAAGAACUGUCUGAUGUCUGUCACCUCCAUUAGUCUUAGCAACACAGUGUAAAUAUAUUCCUGCGCUCUUCACAGCACUGCACUGACUUCCUGUUCAUUAUACAGUUCAUUUUAAAGCUACAAAUGGAUGUGCAGCAUCUUGUAAGUCUGAGUUAAUUUUACUGAAAAUGUGCCACAACCAGCUCUAAGAUCGUCAAACUCACGAGUACAUCCUGUUCCAGAAACCAAACGCAGACAUACUUUCUCCCUAGUUUUAUGUUCGUUGUAUCAUUUGACAUUUAAUGAGAAUUUGUUUGUUUGUAUUCAGUUAUCAGUAAUAGUGCUAAUAUUAGCAAUUUUUGUGUGAAGUAUUUCCUUUGAAUCUUUUUAUUAUUAUUAUUUGAACUACAAUUCCCUGUUCUACAAUUUUAUCUAUUUUAUGGUUAGCUACUUUUUUACUAUUUAAAAAAAUAUAUAUAUUUACGUUUACAUCUGCUUCUUCUCUAGAACUUUUCACAAAUGAUUUUCUGAGCUACACUUCCA